GCUGCGGUUACAGAGGAGCAAAGCCGAGAGCAGCAGUCCCAAGAAUCUGUGGGCAGAAAAGUGAAGUAUACCCGCAACAGGUGGCGGCUGCUGCAGAGAGUGCGCUUGCGAGACCGGAUGGCGGUUGCGCACAGAAAGCUCAUGCAGAACAGGCAAGUAGGGUCUCUUCUCUUUUUUGUGUGCAUAUCUGUGGGAAGUGCAGCAACCAUCCGCUACUCCGUGGCAGAAGAGAUGGAGAGCGGUUCGUUUGUGGCUAAUGUGGCUAAGGACCUGGGGCUGGAGGUAGGGAAGCUGGCUGCGCGCGGGGCGCGGCUGGUUUCCGAGGGCAACAAAGUGCACUUCCGGCUCCACCGCAAGACAGGGGAUCUGUUCGUGAAGGAGAAACUGGAUAGGGAGUCACUCUGUGGCAAAGCUGACCCGUGUGUUCUGCAUUUUGAAAUAGUCUUGGUGGAGCCACUGCAGUCCUUUCGUGUCGAGGUCAGGGUAUUUGAUAUCAAUGACAAUGCCCCGAUUUUCCUAAACAAGGAGCCGCUUUUAAAGAUUCCGGAGAGUACCCCCUUGGGUUCACGUUUUCCUCUGCAGAGUGCCCAGGAUCUGGACGUGGGCCUCAAUGGUCUCCAAAACUACACCUUAAGCCCCAACAAGUAUUUCCACCUGCAUACCCGCUUUCGCAGCCAUGGGCCCAAAUACGCUGAGCUGGUGCUGGAUAAGCCCCUGGACAGAGAGGAGCAGCCUGAAGUCAACUUGACAAUUACAGCGGUGGAUGGCGGGUCCCCUCCCAAAUCUGGCAUCGCUCACAUCCGUGUGGUCGUUCUAGACGUCAAUGACCACGUGCCUCAGUUCUCCAGAUUGGUGUACCGCGCUCAGGUACUAGAAAAUAGUGCCAAUGGUUCUUUGGUGGUCACUGUGAGUGCCACAGACCUGGAUGAGGGCUCCAACAAGGAUAUAACUUAUUCCUUAGCUCAAAACCCAGAAGCAAUUCUCCAGACGUUUCAGAUUGAUUCGCAGACUGGGGAUGUUCGACUAAGAGGGCCCCUAGAUUUUGAAGCAAUUGAAACAUAUGAUAUUGACAUUCAAGCCACCGAUGGAGGGGGCCUCUCUGCCCACAGCAAAGUCCUGGUGGAAGUGGUGGAUGUUAAUGACAAUCCUCCUGAAGUGACAAUCUCCUCUGUGUCCAGCCCUCUCCCUGAGGACUCCCCAUUAGAGACUGUAGUGGCCCUUUUCUCUAUCCGAGACCGGGACAUUCGAGUGGGAGGAAAAAUCAUCUGCUUCCUCAGAGAAGACCUUCCCUUUGCAGUCAAACCUACUUUCCGGAAUUCUUACUCUCUGGUUACUGACAGAGUCUUGGAUCGGGAAGAGGUCUCAGGCUACAAUAUCACCGUUGUUGCCAUGGAUACUGGGCCACCCAGUCUGUUCACAGAAACUGUGAUUGAGGUGCUAAUAUCUGACAUUAAUGACAAUCCCCCAAUAUUUCAGGAAGACUCAUACAUUUUGACUGUUCGAGAAAACAACAGCCCUGCAAUUUUUAUUGGCAAAGUUCAUGCUGAGGAUCUAGAUUUGGGUGAGAAUGCCCAAGUAACAUAUACUCUGCUUCCUCCAGAAAGUGGAGAUUUAUCAGUCUUUGCUUACAUCUCCAUAAAUUCAGACAAUGGGAAGCUCUAUGCACUGAGAACCAUGGAUUAUGAGGCCAUUCAAAAGUUUCAGUUUGUGGUAAAGGCAACUGAUGGGGGCUUCCUGUCACUGAGUAGCCAGGUUACUGUCAGAGUGGUUGUUCUGGAUGACAAUGACAACCGCCCAAUGAUCUUGUACCCACUGCAGAAUGGCACCUUGCCCUGCAAUGACCUAGUGCCCAGGUCUGCAGAGACAGGCUACCUGGUGACCAAGGUAGUGGCUGUGGACGGUGACUCAGGUCAGAAUUCUUGGCUUUCAUAUCAUCUCCUUAAGGCCACUGACACUGGGUUAUUCUCUGUUCAACAACAAAAUGGGGAAAUCCGUACACUGCGGCAGAUAGCUGAAAGAGACCCCGUGGUUCAGAAACUUACAAUUCUUGUUCAGGAUCAUGGCCAACCAGCUCUUUCCACUACUGCCUCACUCAACAUUUUGCUGGUAGAUGGGUUUUCUGAGCCCUAUCUACAGUUUCGGGAUCCAUCCAAGCAUCCUACAAGGGUAAAUCCAUCCACUAAAUAUUUGGUCAUUUCUCUGGCUGUGCUUUCCUUUCUCUUUCUCCUCUCUGUCACAGUGAUCUUUGUUAUACACAUCUACCAGAAGGUUAAAUAUAGAGAAAAGUUCACAGUUCAAGAGCAUUUCUAUGAUGACUGUAAUUUCCCUAACAACUUGGUACAAGAAGGAGCCAAUGGAUCUUUAUCUCAGCCAUGUCCCUAUGAAAUGUGCUCGGCCACUGGCACUGGCAAUAGUGAGUUUCGGUUCCUUAAGCGCUUUAUGCCCAACUUCCCCUUCCCACAUGGCACUGGAGAGGCAAAAACAGAGGCUGGCUCCAGUUUACCCCCAGAUUCUGGUAGGAAUAGGUCUCGGGGGUCAGAGGGCCAUGGCCAAGUACCUGAUGACUAUAUGUAGUUCUUGCUCAUGAGCUAUAAGUAAUCAUUAUUCAUGUGUCCUCUGGAAGUUCAUUAGUUCUGGACCUGGAAAUGCUUAGUUCCACAGAGAUAUCCUGUUAUUUUGCCUUUAAAUUGUUUUCUAGUAGACAGUUAUGUAUGCAUGGAGAAGAAAACUAGCUUCUAGUUUUGAUACAUCAGGAAGCAGUUAGGUUUGAGAAACAGAUAUAUAGCUUAUCAUUACUCAGAAAUUUCUAGAUUUUUAUUCCUUAGUAAGUGGAGAUCAUCUUUGAAUCAUAAGGACACAAAUGCCUGGUGAAUGGUCCUCAUAGAUAAUCAGGUAAAAGGAAAGGUAAAGAAAAAAAAAAAGAAUUGACUUAUUUGAGAAUGUGAGUAAGGGUAGAAAGACUAAAGAGAUUCAGUUCAGGAAUGUUCUCCAAAAUUAAGUUAGACGGGAUUUCUUAAUGGUCGUUUAGGCCUUAGGCAAGCCGAAACCUCUCUUUGUAUACAGGUGUCUAUCCCUUACUUAUCAGGAACAGUUAUUUGAAUGUGGAGAAUAAAAGGUAGA